GAUUGGACGGAGGAAGAGGAGGAGGAAAGGGAGAGACAUCUGCAGCACAUGCCGUUUCGUCUUCAUUUCUGGCAUUAUUAUAAUCCUAGUAGUCGUCGUAUUUAUUUGUCAUUAUGCACGCCUCAUGCGACGUCGUUCAGGCGGAGACGCGCAGCGCUUGUUUGCUCCCUCUCUCCCCCCUCCCUCCCUCUCUCUCUCUCUAUAUAUAUAAUUAUCCAUCCCCAAACCUCACCUCACCUCACCCACCAUCAAAUAAUUUAGAAGCAGGAAGGGAAGGGAAUACGUUAUAGUUAUACAUAAUACAUACCAUACCAGAACAGACCAGAGGGGUAAGCUGCAUUUUAUAUCAAGCAAAUCGGGUUGGGUGUUUUAUUACUACUAUAAAAUGGAGAACCCCCUGCCCCGGCCACUGCCACUGCCACUGCCACGACCGCCACAGCUCUCGCGAUCGAAAUCUGAGCGUCCUCCUCCUCCCCCGCCGACGAUUUGGGACUGUGGCAGCUCCUUGUACGACUCCUUCGAGGUCAAGUCCUUCCAGCAGCACCUCCACUCCGCCAUGGGCAUGGGCAUGGGCAUGGCCGUGCCGGAGAAGAGGCUGAAGCCCCCGGCGACAAAACUGCAGCUGCUGACGCGUUCUCUGCGCACCCUCUUCACCAAAAAAAGCAGCAGCAGCAGUAGUAGUAGUGCAAGUAAAGAAAACGCGGUUGCGAAGGACCGAUUCUCUUAUUAUGUCUUCUACGAUAAAGCCUCCGCGGGGGCGCUUUCCGCCAUUCCGGAGGACGAGGAGUUGGACAGAUCAGGAGCGCCGGGGCCGGGGCCUCUCAGGAGGAUGGCGUCGGAGAGGGUGCCUGCUCACAGGACGUCGUCGUCGCUCCUGCACCUGCCCACGGGUAUUUACUCGUGAUACUCUGUCUGCUGGAAAUCCGAUCAAUAAGAAACACUCUUGUCUUGUUCAAUAGGUCAUACUCAGUGAACCAACCAAGGAAUUGUUCGAUUGCUUAGACUAAUUAAGUAGUAAGUAUCAUCUCCAUCUCCCUGAAUACGAGUCAUUAUAUUGAACAUACAUCAUGUAUACACCCAUAGUUUUCUGUUUC